CAAUGGAAAAUGGAUCCCAUGGUGGUAUAUCUCUGGACACAAUUGUCAGUGUCGUAAAGACAGUCAGUGAGAGACAUGGUUUGGAGGAUGAGGCAUGUAGUUCCUCUCAGCAUGGAGAUCUCAAUCUAGUUACUGAGAAGAUCCAGGAGUCCCUCUCCAACUUAACAGCAAGCCCUCAGGACCUGGUUGGUAAGAUUUAUGAUCUCUUCAGGGAGGAUAGCAGCAGUGGCCUUCGCAAGUGUGUUUCGGACACAGUGCUUUUGAAGUUUCGGGACGAUGAACGUUUGAAGAAGCAGAUUGCCUCUCAGCUUGUUCAUAGCUAUGCAGAGGAGACAGCGAAGCACUUCCUUCUCCCUUGUUUCAAGCUUCCUGCCUCCGGGACCAUGGAACAGUCUGGUUCUUUGGCUCCAGCUUCUGCUUCAGCCUCUUGUCCUGGCUUCAUAUCUGGAGAGGUGCUAGAUGGACAAGACACACACACCUCCAAGUCUCCAUCAGAGGUGCUAACUGGCAUUCUGAAGGUACUGACUGAUGCGAUGGUGAGGGAUGUGAUGCAUAGCUUUUCCUCUCUGGCAUCAAAGGUGGAUUGUGAAAAUCAAACCAAAAACUCUUCCAACGCCUCUCAGAAAAAGAAGAGCAAGAAAAUGGGAAUUCUUCAGUUCCUACAAACAAUUCCCAAGAUCUUUCAUAAGAAACGUAAGACAGGGCUCAUCAAAAAGGAACUUGCCCCUGACAGUAGAUUCCAUGCUGAUAUUGUUGCAGAGUCCACUGGUGCUGUCGUCCAACCUUGUGAGGAUGCUACACACCCAGAGCAGGCCACAGAGGAACAAAAGCCUCAGAAAUCCUCAUGCUUCUCAAGACUCAUUGCUGCUGUAAUGAGGAAGAAGUCUAGAGUCAGUCCAGUGUAACUUGCAUAAAUAAGUCUAGAGGAGAU